AUGGCAGCGGAAACACAGACACUGAACUUUGGGCCUGAAUGGCUCCGAGCUCUGUCCAGUGGUGGGAGCAUUACAUCCCCUCCUCUUUCUCCAGCUUUGCCAAAAUAUAAAUUAGCAGAUUAUCGUUAUGGCAGAGAAGAAAUGUUAGCACUUUUCCUUAAAGACAACAAGAUACCUUCAGACCUUCUGGAUAAAGAAUUUCUGCCUAUCCUACAGGAGGAGCCCCUGCCACCAUUGGCUCUUGUCCCCUUUACAGAAGAAGAACAGAGAAACUUUUCCAUGUCUGUAAAUAGUGCCGCUGUCCUGCGAUUGACAGGACGAGGAGGAGGAACAGUGGUGGGGGCUCCUAGAGGUCGAAGUUCUUCAAGAGGGCGAGGCAGAGGCAGAGGUGAAUGCGGUUUUUACCAAAGAAGCUUUGAUGAAGUAGAGGGUGUGUUUGGCCGAGGAGGUAGCAGGGAAAUGCAUAGGUCGCAGAGCUGGGAGGAAAGGGGUGACAGACGUUUUGAAAAACCAGGACGAAAAGAUGUAGGGAGACCAAACUUUGAGGAAGGUGGGCCAACAGCAGUGGGGAGGAAGCAUGAAUUUAUACGUUCAGAAAGUGACAAUUGGCGUAUUUUUAGAGAAGAACAAAACGGAGAAGAUGAAGAUGGAGGUUGGCGAUUAGCUGGAUCAAGAAGGGAUGGAGAGAGGUGGCGGCCUCAUAGUCCUGAUGGCCCUCGUUCUGCAGGCUGGCGGGAACAUAUGGAACGACGGCGAAGGUUUGAGUUUGAUUUUCGAGAUCGGGAUGAAGAACGGGGUUACCGAAGGGUGCGCACUGGCAGUGGCAGCAUUGAUGAUGACAGGGACAGCUUGCCUGAAUGGUGCUUGGAGGAUGCUGAGGAAGAAAUGGGCACAUUUGAUUCCUCUGGAGCAUUCCUCUCUCUAAAGAAAGUACAGAAAGAGGCUAUUCCAGAAGAGCAGGAGAUGGACUUCCGGCCUGUAGAAGAAGGAGAGGAGUGCUCUGACUCUGAGGGUAGCCAUAAUGAAGAAGCCAAAGAACCUGAUAAGACAACUAAGAAAGAGGGAGAGAAGUCAGAGAGAAUAGGAGUUGAAGCUAGUGAGGAAACACCUCAAAUCUUAACAUCAUCUGCUAGACCAGGUACUCCUUCAGAUCAUCCACCUCAGGAAGCAUCGCAGUUUGAGAGGAAAGAGGAUCCCAAAACUGAGCAGACAGAAAAAACUGAAGAAGAGAGUCGGACGGAAAAUAGUCUGCCAACCAAAAUGCCCAGCAGAGGGGAUGAAAUGAUUCCUGAUGCCCAGCAGCCCCUGCCUCAGAUUCCUUCAGACACAGCCUCUCCUCUCCUCAUACUUCCACCUCCUCUUCCUAAUCCUAGUGCUGCCCUCCGGCUAGGUGAAGCUCAGGUUGGAGGUGCUCCUGGUAUGGGCAGUGUUUCCACAGAGCCAGAUGAUGAAGAGGGUCUCAAGCAUUUGGAGCAGCAAGCUGAGAAGAUGGUGGCAUAUCUCCAAGACAGUGCACUAGAUGAUGAGAGACUGGCAUCAAAACUGCAAGAGCACAGAGCUAAGGGUGUCUCGGGUCCAUCAAUGCAUGAAGCAAUGCAGAAGUGGUAUUACAAAGAUCCUCAGGGAGAAAUUCAGGGUCCCUUCAAUAAUCAGGAGAUGGCAGAAUGGUUUCAGGCGGGCUAUUUUACUAUGUCUUUAUUGGUGAAGAGAGCAUGUGAUGAAAGCUUCCAACCUCUUGGUGAUAUCAUGAAAAUGUGGGGAAGGGUUCCCUUCUCUUCUGGUCCUGCACCCCCUUCUCAUAUGGGAGAGUUGGACCAGGAGCGACUGACCAGGCAGCAAGAACUUACAGCCUUAUAUCAGAUGCAGCACCUUCAGUACCAGCAGUUCUUAAUACAACAACAGUAUGCACAGGUUUUGGCUCAACAGCAGAAAGCAGCCUUGUCUUCCCAGCAGCAGCAACAGUUGGCACUUCUUCUCCAACAGUUUCAGGCUCUGAAGAUGAGAAUAUCUGAUCAGAGUGUCAUUUCCUCAGUGACUAGAUCUGUGUCAGUGCCAGAUACUGGGUCUAUCUGGGAGCUUCAAACAACAGCUUCACAGCCUACAGGUUGGGAAGGUAGUAGUGUAUGGGAUCUUCCCCUUGAUACGACGACUCCAGGACCUGCCCUUGAACAGCUUCAGCAGAUGGAGAAGGCCAAAGCUGCAAAGCUAGAGCAGGAGAGAAGAGAGGCAGAAAUGAGGGCAAAACGGGAAGAGGAAGAGCGAAAGAGGCAAGAAGAACUCCGGAGACAACAGGAGGAAAUUCUCCGAAGGCAGCAGGAGGAAGAAAGAAAAAGGCGGGAAGAAGAAGAACUUGCCCGAAGGAAGCAGGAAGAGGCCCUGCGACGCCAGAGGGAGCAAGAGAUUGCAUUAAGGCGACAGCGAGAAGAGGAAGAAAGGCAGCAGCAAGAAGAAGCUCUUAGGAGACUGGAGGAGAGGAGAAGAGAAGAGGAAGAAAGGCGGAAGCAGGAAGAAUUGUUACGCAAGCAGGAAGAGGAGGCUGCAAAAUGGGCCCGGGAAGAAGAAGAAGCCCAGCGUCGAUUAGAGGAGAACCGGCUGCGAAUGGAAGAGGAGGCAGCCAGGCUGCGGCAGGAGGAGGAAGAGCGGAAGAGGAAAGAGCUGGAGCUCCAGAGGCACAAGGAGUUGAUGCGCCAGCGGCAGCAGCAGCAGGAGGCUCUGCGGAGGCUGCAGCAGCAGCAGCAACAGCAGCAGCUGGCGCAGAUGAAGCUUCCCUCUUCUUCAACGUGGGGCCAGCAGUCUAAUACAACAGCAUGUCAGUCCCAGGCAACACUGUCAUUGGCUGAAAUCCAAAAACUGGAAGAGGAACGAGAACGGCAACUUCGGGAAGAGCAGCAGAGGCGCCAGCAGAGGGAGCUGAUGAAGGCUCUGCAGCAACAGCAGCAGCAGCAGCAACAGCAGCAGCAACAGAAACUCUCAGGCUGGGGGAAUGUCAGCAAACCCGCAGGCACAGCUAAGUCGCUCCUAGAGAUACAACAGGAGGAAGCCAGGCAAAUGCAGAAGCAACAGCAGCAGCAGCAGCACCAGCAACCAAACAGAGCCCGGAAUAGUACGCAUUCCAACUUGCACACCAGCAUUGGGAACUCUGUUUGGGGCUCUAUAAAUACAGGUCCCCCCAACCAGUGGGCAUCUGACCUAGUUAGUAGUAUCUGGAGUAAUGCUGACACUAAAAACUCCAACAUGGGAUUCUGGGACGAUGCAGUGAAAGAGGUGGGACCUAGGAACUCAAAUAAAAACAAAAACAACGCCAGCCUCAGUAAAUCUGUAGGUGUGUCUAACCGGCAGAAUAAGAAAGUAGAAGAAGAAGAAAAGUUGCUGAAGCUCUUUCAGGGAGUAAAUAAAGCCCAAGAUGGAUUUACGCAAUGGUGUGAACAGAUGCUUCAUGCCCUUAAUACGGCAAAUAACUUGGAUGUCCCCACAUUUGUUUCUUUCCUGAAAGAAGUAGAAUCUCCUUAUGACGUCCAUGAUUAUAUUAAGAGCUAUUUUGGAGACACAUCUGAGGCCAGGGAGUUUGCCAAGCAGUUCCUCGAGCGUCGUGCCAAACAGAAAGUAAGCCAGCGGCAGCAGCAGCAACAGCCACAGCCGCAGUCACAGCCACAGCAGCCACAGCAGGACUCCGUGUGGGGGAUGAACCACAGUGCACUCCAUUCAGUAUUUCAGACCAAUCAAAGCAACAACCAACAAUCCAAUUUUGAGGCCGUACAGAGUGGGAAGAAGAAGAAAAAACAAAAGAUGGUUCGAGCAGAUCCCAGUUUAUUAGGGUUUUCAGUCAAUGCUUCGUCGGAGCGACUCAAUAUGGGUGAAAUUGAAACUUUGGAUGACUACUGA